UAGGCUAUCAAGAUGGCUGCGCCCACAGAAAGUCAUGGAUCUGAACACAGUGCUAAAUUGCUUGGAUUCCACGAGAUGGGUUUGGAUGACCGCAUUCUGCAGGCAGUCUCAAAACUUGGCUGGAAAGAACCAACUCUAAUACAGGAGAAAGCGAUUCCUUUGUCCUUGGAAGGAAAAGAUGUGUUGGCAAGAGCAAGGACAGGAUCUGGGAAAACUGCCUCCUAUGCAAUUCCUGUCAUACAGAAGAUUCUAGAUCGAAAACAGGUAACGAGAGAGCAAUGUAUUAGUACGAUUAUUAUGGUUCCUACUAAAGAACUUGGAGCCCAGGCACAUAAAAAUAUACUAGAGUUAACAACAAGCUGCUCCAGGGAAGUACGAUGUGUUGACAUCUCUGGAAAAGGAGACCUUCCUUCACAAAGGCCGCUGUUGUCAGAGAAUCCAGAUAUAGUUGUGGGAACACCAAGCAAGAUCCUUGCUCACCUAGUUGCUCGUAACAUGUCUGUGAAGGACUCUCUCCAGUUUCUCGUCAUUGACGAAGCUGAUCUUGUCUUCUCGUUUGGUUAUGAGGACGACAUUAAAGAGUUGUUGAAACAUCUGCCAAAGAUCUUCCAGACAUUUCUAAUGUCUGCAACGCUCAAUGAUGACGUGAAAGCCCUUAAGAAGUUGGUUCUGCACAAUCCAGUCAUUCUGAAGUUGGAGGAGUCACAGUUGCCUGAGGCAGGCCAGCUUACACAGUACCACAUCAAAUGUGAAGAAGUAGAAAAAUUCGUUUUAAUCUACUCACUCUUGAAGUUGCGUCUGAUCCAAGGGAAAAGUAUCAUCUUCGUUAACUCAGUGGACAGGUGCUACAGGCUGAAGCUGUUUCUUGAGCAGUUUGGUAUCCCAGCCUGCGUACUCAACUCUGAGCUGCCCAUCAACUCACGUGUACACAUCGUGCAUCAGUUCAACGACGGUCUGUAUGACAUCGUCGUCGCGGCCGAUGACCAGACGCUCCUCGACCCUGCACAGACCAGUGCUGCCCCCUCGAAGAAGCAAAAACGGAAGUACCAAGACAAAGAGUUUGGUGUGUCAAGGGGGAUAGAUUUCCAAUUCGUAACAAGUGUUAUCAACUUUGAUUUUCCAUCGAAUGUGGAUUCAUACAUCCACAGAGUUGGCAGAACUGCGAGGGGAACGAACCAGGGCACAGCGCUGUCAUUCAUCAGUGUCGCAGAGAUGCCCAUGUAUGAGGAAGUGCAGGAGACGCUCUCAAAAACCUCACCGGAAGGAGCAGAUUCAUUCAAGCCCUACCAGUUCCGCAUGGAAGAGAUUGAAGGCUUUAGGUACAGAGCGCAGGAUGCGAUGAGAGCAGUAACGAAGGUUGCCAUCAGAGAGGCUCGCCUAAAGGAAAUCAAACAGGAGAUUUUAAAUUCGCAGAAACUAAAGUCCUACUUCGAGGACAACCCGCGGGACCUGCAGGUAUUGAAGCACGACAAGCCGCUGCACACUGUGCGCACGCAGCAGCAUCUGAAGCAUGUGCCGGAGUACUUAGUCCCGCCAAUGCUGCGGAGCAUGCGCGCCGGCACCAAGCGCCGGCAGCCACACGCAUACAAGCCAAAGCCGGCCCCGACGCAGACGCAGAUGAGGUUCAAGAAAAAGAAGGAAGAUCCACUGAAGAGCUUUGAGUUUAGUGGUUUGAAACACAUUCAGAAUGCAAAGAAAUUUAAGAAGAAGAAGCACUAAGUAAUCGCAUCGUGAAUCCACUUACCUAGAUAUGCAUGAACAUAUCUUUACUGUACACUAUAGAUAUAUUUGUGAUAUAUGACAGGUUUUGGUGUCAUUUCAUGGUUGUUCGUGAAAAUGGUAUUUUCGUACGAAUACACAUAUCUAUUUGCAAUAUGUAAAACUACAUGUAAAUGUAUAUAGCAUUCAAUGUGAAUUUUGAAAUAUGUCACCAUAUUUCUUAACUGCAAUUGAUGAAUAUGUUCUAUGCUGUCAGAAACAUGAUACCGUACUCUAAAUCCUGACUAUGGACAUGUUCCCUGGAAGGAUACACGAGAUAAAAGCUAAUAGAUUUAUAAUAAUAUGUGGAGGUUGGAUUAAACUAUAACUGAAUUGUACACUUAUGAGUGUGCACGAUCAUGCAAGCAAGUUCAUAAAUAAAAUCUGUAUAUGUAAUCUGUAUUAACAGCGGUAUUGUGUAAAUAAAUCACAACACACAGAAAGAGUGUUUGAAAUACUAUCA